AUGCUAAAUAUUCCAGUCAACGCGAGGACGGCCGUCUACCGCGCUGAGAUUGGCAGCUAUGUGCUCUGCAUCCUUCCUCUGAGGCGGCCACAAGCUCUGCCUCCUCUCAGGAGGAGACCUGCUGGGGACACGGCGCGGCACCAAGUGCAGCACCAGCCUCCCGAACGCUGCAACGCGACACAAGGCAGCCGCGGGAAACGGGCGGAAGCAGAACGGCUGAAGACCCCGGGACCCGAACGCACGAUUUAUAAGGAGGGAUCUUGGCUCCCGCAGCAGCAGCUCGGCUCUUUUGGCUCGCUCGCCGCUUCCUUAGCAGAGGGUCUGCUGGCAGGUGCGACAUCUGAACAGGUCAUGAAGCCUCAAGAGGCAGAGCUCGUCUCUGAAAUCUCAAAGUUGCAGUGCAUGGUCACAGAGCUGAAGACGGGCUUCGCCAGCGCCCUGCUGGAGCUCGGUCAGAUCCAGCAUGGAGACUCGCACCUGAGGGAGGAGAUGGAGGAGAACAGGAGGAGCUGUCAGAAAAAAGCUUUCCGCUUGGAGGCGCUGGUCGAGUCGCUGAGGGAGGAACUUGGAGUGCUGAGGUGUCAAAUUGUGCAGCUGUACGGCAACAGGCCCGGGCCUGAGCCGGACGGAAAGGGCCUCACGUCCAAACCAAGAGAACGCGAUCCAGCAGAGCCAGCCGGUGACCAGGGGGUUUGCGAGUGUUGUGCUCCUCCACCGGCCUGCCUGUCCCGAGGGAAGCUGCUCCUUCACUGCUUCCUUCAGGGCCUGAAGGCCGGGCUGAGCGAAGGGACAGAUGCUCGACAUCAGGUGGCCAUGCAGCUCCUGCACUCCGAGUGGGAAUACGUGUCGACCCUGAACCAGCUGUACGACAAGUACAAAACGCCGCCAGCUCACCAGACGACCGUAGAGCCGCAUCAGACGUAUGUGAGGUGCGUGGAGCAGCUCCUGCAGCGACACGUGCUCUUCAGGAACACCCUGCAGGAGAGGUUAUCCGCCGAACACUGGAAGUCUCUGGUCGGCGACAUCCUGGUGCAGCUCAUCGGCCAAAACGACACAGCUUUUUCAGAUAUGUAUCUCGGAUACACGACGACCUUGGCGUCGUUCCUCUCACUCGAGUUCAACCCGCUGAAUCAGCAAGGGAAAGGCCUCCGAACACAGAGCGGCCAGAUGGAGAGAGACGAAAUAAAACUGCUGUCUUUGCUGUUGGCUCCUGUUGCUAGGAUUCACAGCUACCUGAGUCACAUUCAGAACCUGCUGCAGUGGACCGGUAAGGAGCAUCCCGACUGCAGCCUGUUGUUGGGGUCUGAGAGAGCUCUGAGGAGCGUCUUGUCCCGCUGUCACGUGAUCUUGGAGGAGGAUGUUCGAUGGGAGGAGGACGAGGAAGCCGGGCAACGCGCCCCCUGUGAUGCUGCAGCCGCUGCGUCCUCUGGAAGCUGCUGCACCAGGAGCCAGCAGAUGAGAGCGGAGUCCAGCUCUGCUGCUCAGAGAGACGUCCAGCCGGCUGCUCCCCUCACCAACGGGGUGGACGGCGGUCACUCCAUGCGCCUGGAGUGCUGGUCCUGCAGCCCGGUGAGGAGGAAGGGCUUCCUGAGAGACCGGGCCGCCCUGAGGCAGCCAGUCUGCCACUGCGGUCACGCUUGCUGCUCUCUGCUCGCUCCGGACGCCGCAGGAUGGGGAGAAAACAGCGACUCGGGUCAGGGCACCUUCAGCCAGCCCACUGUGAAAUCCACCAACGACCCGGAGACGACACGCGCAAACAGCGAGACGGACGACACCUCCGCCUUCGACUACUCCUCCGUCACCUCCUGCAGCCCGGACGGCACCCUGCGGAGGGAGGCGAUGGACACCAACAGCGGGGAGGACGACGAAGACGAGGAGGACAGCCAGGUGCCCGUGCUGCUGAAGCCCUCAUUCAGCCAGGAGUAUCCGGCGCCGGAAACCAGAGGCAGAACUGUGUGUGUGAGGUGGCAGAUUCCCAGAUUCACCCCUCACCCUCCUCUUAGGAGCCCCGCAGGGCCGUAUGUGGACGGACCGACACCUUGCCUCAUCAGCUCCUUUGGGAAGAGAUUGGUCAGCCUGAGGAAAGGGUCGCCUCCUCCACAUCUGAAAAGUGCCUUCAGGCCCAUCUGGGACGAUCCAUCCAAGCAGGCCGAUUCCGCCCCAGAGAGGGACAACAGACCUGCUGGGUUCGCUCCAGCUCCAGCUCCAGUGAGGAACAACUUCCAAGCUUUCGCUCCCAGCAGGGAAAACCUGAGGCCUGCGCCUGCGCAGCAGCGAGGGACCUAUGGACCAGCCGUGGACGGGGGGGAACUGUGGGACAGUGAGGACAGCGAGGGACCCUGCAGCACAGUUUGACUUUUUAACCAAAAAAAAAAACUUGAAAAGCAAAACAUCUAGAUGCUCUUCAUUUGAAUAAAUCCAUUUGAGAUGUUUUGUGUGCAACAAAAAUUGCUGGUCUGCCUCUGUGGUUGAAUGGAUCCUCAGGGUCACAAAGAUUCCCAAAUUAUUGAGCUUGGAAGGGAUUUUCUGAAGCCAAAUAUUUGCUAAAAUGGCCCAUGCUUUAUAGCUGAGACUGCAUAAGUUAGAAUAAAAUAAAGUCACUUUGUUAUCCAAUAACUAUAAAUUAAGAGAAAUAACUAGCCACUCUGGAGGAGCCGCAGCUGAACAGUGAACUCAACCUUUACGGAAGAGCUGGAAGAAAAAAGCAGCUUAUUAAACAGGAAAUCACAGGAAGUUCAGUUUGCCAUGUGUACAUAUAUAGACGACGGCAAGACAAAACUGAACAUAUGAUCUCCCUGGUGAAACAUGGUGUUGGCAGCAUCAUGGUCUGGAGAUUUGUUUUGGUAGCACCUUAUCUGAAGGUGUGUGCAUAACACUGACAUGACAUAACACCUGUUAUGAACAUGAAGGAGCCCUUAUGAAUGUUUACAACUGUUGUAAUUUGGCAAAUAAUCCCAUUAUUAAUGCAAAUUUUAAUAGAACGUUGCAUUAAAAGUGUCAUUUACCGAAUUUACUUCAUGACAACAUUCAUGAAGACUUAUUCAUGUUUACGACAGUCUCACGUCGGUCUUAUGCACACACCUUCAAAUAGUGUUACAGAUUUUUGUUUUCCCAGCAGUGAUGGGGAUGACUGGAGGAUGGAUGAAAAUAAAUACAAAGGAGAUCUGGAAGGAAAUCUGCCCAGACUUGAUGACUGAUCUUUUCUUUCCAUUUCUCUGCACUACUUUGCUUUGGCCUACAGUAGGAAACAAGAAAACCUGACAAAAUGUCAAUAACUUCAUAGUUCCAGUACAUAAAAGAAAGUUGCAUUUGCUUGCAAAAAGAAACAAACGAGAGAUAAGUGGUUCAGUACAAAAUAAGACUGGGUGAUUUAUUAAUCUCAUCAAGAUCAUUAAUACAAAGCAGUUAAAAGGCCACAUACCAUCAAACAAACUGAUUGCUGGAUCAAGCUGUUACAGUGCCAUCAACAGAGAACUUAAUAGUUAUUUUGAGGAUGGGGGCGGGUGGAGGUGAGAGGGGCGGUUUGAAACAACAGCAACAAAAAAGAAACCUUGGUAAGAUCAACCCCAUCAAUACUGACAUGGGAGACUCUGAGACGGGCAAAACGAGAGACAAAACGACAAAGUGUUCUCACAUGAUACCAGAACGACAAUCCUCCCAAACACCGCGUUGCAAGACUAGUUUGAAAAACUCCAUCAUCGUCACCCUCCUCCUCCUCUUACCUGGACUCAAACUGAAUGAGCAAAAUUUAUUUAUAUAUAUAUAUAUAAUUUUUUUUUUAAAAGAGUUGUUCGUGGCGAUUAGACGCCGACCGAGCGUUCGGGUGAGAUGGAAAAUGUCAGAAAAAUAAAGAAAAGAAACAAACUGA